AUGUCUCAAUUAGAAGCAACAUAUUUGAUUGUUGGUGGAGGUAUUGCCGGCGUGACUUGUGUGGAAACUCUUGCCAUAUUACACCCUGAGGAAACUUUAGUAAUAAUAACUGCCUCUUCGUUAAUUAAAAAUGUGAGUAAUGUGAGUUUUUAUGCUAAAACUAUUGUCAAGUUUGAUGUGAAUGAAACAGAAGCUAAUUCUUUGAUGAGAAUCCAUCCAAAUUUGAAGAUUGUUUACGAUUCUCUUAAACACAUAGACACAGAAAAUCAAAUAGCUUAUACACAUGCUGGUGAUAUAAUAAGAUAUAAAGUUAUUUGUAUUUGCACUGGUGGCAUACCCAGGCUGAUUAGAGAUUCACACAAAAGUAAAAGGGUACUUGGAAUUAGAGAUACAGAAUCGGUUAAAGUGUUUCAAGAAAAACUGAAGGCCGGACGAAAAAUGGUCAUUAUUGGUAAUGGUGGCAUAGCAUCAGAGAUAGUACAUGCCACAUCUGGAAUUCAGAAAAUUUGGGUCAUUAGAGAUGAUUAUAUAUCAGCUACAUUUAUAGACCCUGGAGCAGCUGAGUUUUUUCAAAAUACAUUAAAAAAUAAUGAUGUUAUAGAACAAAAAACAACAUUAAGGCGGCAUGUGUUCUCAGAGGAAGAUGAACUCGUAUCCCUAAAUAAAUAUUUAAAGUCUGCUGCUUUGGGCCCAGAUUGGUAUAGGAAGCUAGAAUUUAAAAGAAGUGAUAAAGGUGGGCAAGAACUUGAGAUUGUUUAUAAAGUAGAAAUUAAUUCUGUUGAGGAAGUAAGAAACAAGGAGUAUCCUCUUGAAGUGAAACUUUCUAAUGGUAGAGUUAUUGAGUGUGAUUUUGUAAUAUCUGCAACUGGUGUUGAACCGGCUGUUAAUUUCUUGUGGGAUAAAGAACCAAGAAAGGGACAAGACGGUGGAUUAGCUGUAAACGAAUUCCAAGAGACAUCAAUAAAAAAUGUUUAUGCUGCUGGUGAUGUGGCUACCGCUACUUGGGAGCAUGCACCACACUGGUUUCAGUUGAGACUGUGGACUCAAGCUAGACAAAUGGCAGGAAUGGCUGCCAAAGCCAUGCAUAGCAAUAUAGUAAAAGCAGAGGUGUUACAAGACUUCUGCUUUGAAUUGUUUACACAUUGCACUACUCUUUUUGGAUAUCAAGUUAUAUUAUUAGGAAAAUAUAAUGCACAGGGUUUAGGCAAAGAUUAUGAAAUUUUAUUACGCAUGACACCAAACAAGGAGUAUAUUAAGCUUGUACUCCAAAAAGGAAGACUACAAGGUGCCAUAUUGAUUGGGGAAACUGAUCUAGAAGAAAUGUGUGAGAAUUUAAUUCUUGAUCAACUAGAUUUGACAUCUUUAGAAGAUCAUAUUUUAGAUCCUGAAAUAGACAUUGAUGAUUAUUUUGAUUAA